AUGAGCGUUGCUUUUACUGCUGUGAAACAAAACAACAGCCCAAAAUCAUUGCUCGAUGUCGAGGUUUUUGUGGAAAUGCCUGCGUUUUCUUCGAUGAUAAAUGGGGCUGAGGGGCAGGUUCUAGAUCUAGAUAGUGCUGUAAAAGAUGGGGUGUUGGGCGGCGGUGGAGGAGUCGGUUUCGGUGGUGGGUUUUCUGAGAAAUUGGAUCUGAAGAAGAUGAUUGAAGUGUUAGAUUCGCCGGAGAUUCCAUCGGUGUUCAUUUGUCCAAUUUCACUUUCACCAAUGGAAGAUCCGGUCACCCUUUGCACCGGCCAAACCUACGAGCGAUCCAACAUCAUGAAAUGGUUCAGUCUCGGCCAUUUCACCUGCCCGACGACAAUGCAAGAACUCUGGGACGAUUCCGUCACCCCAAACGACACCCUUCACCGGUUAAUCCACAGCUGGUUUUCACAAAAAUACUUCCAGAAAAAGAAGAGAUCCGAAGACGUACAAGGAUUAACAUCAGAAAUCCUCGACACUCUUAAAAAAUCCAAAGGCCAAGCUCGUAUUCAAUCGCUGAAAGAGCUCCGGCGAGUUGUCGCCGCCCACGGUAUCGCCAGAAAAACGGUUGUCGAAAAAGGUGGAGUGAGUUUCCUUUCAUCUCUAUUAGGUCCUUACACAUCUCACGCCAUUGGUUCCGAAGUUAUCUCCAUUCUCGUUCAUCUAAACCUCGAUUCAUCUUCAAAAUCGAAUCUAACGCAGCCGGCGAGGAUCUCAUUAAUGGUGGACAUGUUAAACGAAGGUUCCAUAGAAACACGAAUCAACUGUACACAAUUACUCAAACUUCUAAUCGUCGAAGACGAUUUCAAUCCUCAAGUUGAAAUCGUUUCAAGCCCUAGUUUACUCGUCGCAUUGAUGAGACUCGUAAGAGAUAAACGACAUUCAUCUGGAAAUCUACCCGCGCUUUCCUUACUCAAAUCGAUAUGCUCAAGCUCAUCCUCUCGAUCACACAAACAGAUUCAACUCAUGAUCAUCACAAUCGGUGCAGUUCCUCAAUUAAUCGAAUUAUUACCUGGAUUAAACUCUGAAUCGUUGGAAUUAGCGCUUUUCAUCUUGGAUUCUGUGUCAAAUCUAAAAGAAGGUAAACUCGCUUUGAGUGAUUGUUCAAACACGAUUCCCAAUAUGGUAAGAAUUUUGAUGAGAGUUUCGGAAAACUGUACAAAAUAUGCUUUAUCGAUCUUGUGGGCUGUUUGCGAGCUUUCACCUCAGGAGUAUUCAUUGAUUGCUGUGGAUGUGGGACUUGCAGCAAAGCUUCUUCUUGUUAUACAAAGUGGUUGUAAUCCUUCGAUAAAACAACAAUCUGCAGAUCUUUUGAAGUUAUGCAGCUUAAAUUAUACAGAUUCAAUAUUCAUUUCCAAAUGCAAGCUGACAAGAACAAUUCAAUAA